AGGUACGCGCGCUCGUAGCUCUCUCGCAGCUCUCUCUCCGGGACCGACGGCGGCAGGAGUAGGCUCCGGCGAGUGAAAAAGCGUGUUGGGGCGGGGCGGGAGAAAGUGGCCGCCGGGAGGACGUUGUCGUUUACGCGUGGCCGAGCGGAAGAGUUUUGCUUUUCGUGCGCGCCUUCGAAAGCUGCGCCCACAGUUGGCUGAGGGGUCCGCCCGGGAGCCUCCCCUUCCUCCGCCCGCGGCCCCGCGCCGAGCUCGCCGGCCCGAGCCAGAGUGGGCCAGGUGGGAAGCGCGCUCGACCUGCGCCCCGCGUCCGGAGCCGCCCCCCGAGUGCCCAUGGCUACGCGGGUGCUGACCAUGAGCGCCCGCCUGGGACCCGUACCCCAGCCGCCGGCACCUCAGGACGAGCCGGUGUUCGCGCAGCUCAAGCCGGUGCUGGGCGCCGCGAACCCGGCCCGCGAUGCGGCGCUCUUCCCCAGUGAGGAACUGAAGCAUCCGCACCACCACCCGCAGGCGCAGCCCGCGCCCCCGCAGCCUCCGCAGCCGGCGCCGCCGCCCGCCGCCGGGCCGCGGCUGCCCCCGGAGGAGCUGGUCCAGACAAGAUGUGAAAUGGAGAAGUAUCUGGCACCUCAGCUUCCUCCAGUUCCUAUAAUUCCAGAACAUAAAAAGUAUAGACGAGACAGUGCCUCAGUCGUAGACCAGUUCUUCACUGACAGUGAAGGGUUACCUUACAGUAUCAACAUGAACGUCUUUCUCCCUGACAUCACUCACCUGAGAACUGGCCUCUACAAAUCCCAGAGACCGUGCGUAACACACAUCAAGACAGAACCUGUUACCAUUUUCAGCCACCAGAGUGAAACGACUGCCCCUCCUCCGGCCCAGACCCAGGCCCUUCCCGAGUUCACCAGCAUAUUCAGCUCACACCAGACCGCAGCUCCAGAGGUGAACAAUAUUUUCAUCAAACAAGAACUUCCUACACCAGAUCUUCAUCUUUCUGUCCCUUCCCAGCAGGGCCAUUUGUACCAGCUACUGAAUACACCGGAUCUAGAUAUGCCCAGUUCUACAAAUCAGACAACAGUGAUGGACACUCUUAAUGUUUCUAUGUCAGCCGCCAUGGCAGGCCUUAACACACUCACCUCUGCUGUACCGCAGACUGCAAUGAAACAAUUUCAGGGCAUGCCCCCUUGCACAUACACAAUGCCAAGUCAGUUUCUUCCACAACAGGCCACUUACUUUCCCCCAUCACCACCAAGCUCAGAGCCUGGAAGUCCAGAUAGACAAGCAGAGAUACUCCAGAAUUUAACCCCACCUCCAUCCUAUGCUGCUACGAUCGCUUCUAAACUGGCAAUACACAAUCCAAAUUUACCUGCUACCCUGCCAGUUAAUUCGCAAAACAUCCAACCUGUUAGAUACAAUAGAAGGAGUAACCCUGAUUUGGAGAAGAGACGCAUCCACUACUGCGAUUACCCUGGCUGCACAAAAGUUUAUACAAAGUCUUCUCAUUUAAAAGCUCACCUGAGGACUCAUACUGGUGAGAAGCCGUACAAAUGCACCUGGGAAGGCUGCGACUGGAGGUUCGCGCGGUCGGACGAGCUGACGCGCCACUACCGGAAGCACACGGGCGCCAAGCCGUUCCAGUGCGCCGUGUGCAGCCGCAGCUUCUCCCGCUCCGACCACCUGGCCCUGCACAUGAAGAGGCACCAGAACUGAGAUCCACUGCCCGCGGGGCUUUCUGUGCCUAUGCAAUUCAAACUGACGUUUAUGCAGUUAAUUUGGCAAAAUUUUAACUACAAACCUAACUAUAUAUAUAAAAAAACAGAAAGAAAGAAAAUGAAAAACUGGAAAUGUAUAUUUUGUAUAUUUGAGAAAACAGGGAAUACAUUGUAUUAAUACCAAAGUGUUUGGUCAUUUUAAGAAUCUGGAAUGCUUGCUGUAAUGUACAUGGCUUUCCUCAAGCAGAUUUCAUCUCAUGACAGGCAGCCACAUCUCACAGUGGAUGGGGGCGGGUGGGUGGAGGGGGUGUUUGCAGUGUUUUUACCAAAGCACCAUCAUUUAAUGUGACAAUGUUUAGUAAACGAAUCACUUGGCAGGCACAGGAAGAAGGAUGAAUUGUAUGUUGAGAUUUUGCUUGACAUCCAGUGGUUUUUUACAAUAUUAUCAGAUAGUUCUUUGGGAGAGAUCUAGUAUAUGUGGCAGUUCAAUUCACAAAUAGCCAUUGAACAAAGGUGUUUUGUUGUUUUUUUUUUAUAUGAGUUGCAUACAUUUGCUAUUUGAAAUUUUGUAAAUAUGCAAAUCAGCUUUAUAGGUAUUACAAUUUUUCUAGGAUUCUUUUGGGGAAAAUCAUAAAUAAUUCAUUUGAAAAUAACCAUGAAGACACUUACACUUAGAAUUUAUGGUAAGAUACCUCUCAAAGUGUUACUAAAUUAAUUUCUAUAGGGGAAAGAAUCAUUCAAAUGAACUUCAGCAAAUUUCAUGCACUGAUUAAAAUAUGAUUGUUUAUUUUAAAUACAAAACACAUUUUAUAUGAAUUGUGAACUCAAGAGCUUAAGAAAGGGAGUUACAAGAUCCAAAAGUUAAAUCUUAUGAUAAGCUACACACUCACAGUAUCAUUUUUAAAAAGAAGGACUUAUGAUGUAGUUUUCACUUGGGAAUGUUGAAUUUAUGAUGCAGUUUUCAUAUACGGAAACGUUGAAUUUAUGAUGCAGUUUUCAUAUACAAAGAUGUUUGCUUGUGCGGUACUAUUGGUUAAAAGCCAGUUUCUGUGGAUUUUGCAUGUAAUAUACAGUGAGACACAGUAAUUUUAUCUAAAUUACGGUGUAGUUUAAUCUAUUGUUAAUACUGACUCAGUGUCUGCCUUUAAGUAUAAAUGACAUGUUGAACACUUAAGGAAGCAAGUGCUACAUAUAUGCAAUAUAAAUAGUAAUGUGAUGCUGAUGCUGUUAACCAAAGGGCAGAAUAAAUAAGCAAAAUGCCAAAAGGGGUCCUAAUUGAAAAUGAAAAUGAAAAUUAAUUUUGUUUUUAAAAUAUUGUUUAUCUUUAUUUAUUUUGUGGUAAUAUAGUAAGUUUUUUUAGAAAACAAUUUUCAUAACUUGAUAAAUUAUAGUUUUGUUUGUUAGAAAAGUUGCUCUUAAAACAUGUAAAUAGUUGGCAAACGAUGUAAAUAAUUUUGUAAGAGGCUUCAAAUGUUUAUAUGUGGAAACAUACAUACACAAAAAAGCAUAAAUCAGUUGCUGUUUUGCUUCUUUUUCCCUAUUAUUUUUGUAUUGUGGUCAUUUCCUAUGCAAAUAAUGGAGCAAACAGCUGUAUAGUUGUAGAAUUUUUUGAGAGAAUGAGAUGUUUAUAUAUUAACGACAAUUUUUUUUGGAAAAUAAAAAGUGCCUAAAAGA